CCGUCUCACUUGACGCAUGUCCAUUGUGCGUGUGCUAACUUUAUUUCAUGCCGCACAGAUAGACUACUACUGUAUUUUUGCCAUUUAUCUUUCACCUCAUAUUUGGUCUCAAAUGCUGAUACUAUGGGAAUGCAUGAAGAGCAAUGGCCUCUUUCAAAUCAGGCGCUCCAAAAAGUUCCCAUAACCUCUGUGAAGCCUGCAGGGAACAGAUUAAUGAUGUGGUGAUGAACUACUCUCAACCCUGGAAGAAGAAUGAGGAAAAUCACCAUGCAUUUAUCUCCAACCUGAGCCGCUGGUGUGAAGGUUUUGACAACGCCAUCAUGACGCAGGCCAAUACCCACGUGGGGAUGAACUUUCAGUCCAAGCGCGAGAAGCUCCAGAUCACGCCCAUCAUUUUCAAAUCAUUAAUUGAGAAAAGUCCGUUCUCCAAAAAGUUAGAUACAUGUGCUGUGGUUGGCAGCAGUGGCCUCCUGCUGGACAGCGGCUGCGGGAAAAUGAUCGACGCGGCUCAGUUUGUGAUUAGGUGCAAUCUGCCGCGUUUGAACGACGAGUACAGGAUACACGUGGGCUCCAAGAUGGACCUCGUGUCCGGCAUUCUCACAGAAAGGUAUGGUGACCUGUCGGGACAACGGCACGACUUAGUGGACAGGCUUGAAAGCUAUGGCAAGUUCCUCCUCCUCCUCCUCCCCACCUUCUCCAGCAGCAACACACGGCUGGCCAAUUGGGUGGUAGCAUCUAUUAACCACAUUGAAAGCCCGGCCCGUCCCAUCUUCUUGAACCCGGACUACUUGCGCAAGCUGCACCAGUUCUGGAGAAGCAACGGCAUGAAAACGCAGCGCCUUAGCAUGGCCAUGACUCUGGCCAGCCUGGCGCUGGAGUUGUGUUCCAAUGUGCACCUGUAUGGCUUCUGGCCCAUCAGCAAUCACCCUUACAAACCCGACAACGACAUGAAGGCCAAAACCAACAGCCACAACAUGCCGACGGAGUUUGACAUGCUGCUGAAGCUGCACAGUCAGGGCGUGCUCAAGCUUCACCAGGGAAACUGUCAAAGCGACGAAAAGUAGUCCCAGUAUUCAGUCAAGUUUGACUUAGUUAAAAAAUGGCAGCACUAAUAAGCUCCUUUUCCACCAAAAGUUGAGGAUCCUUUAGUUCCAGGUAAUCAUAGUCGCUGUUUCAAAGUCCUGCUGAAUACAGUGGUGCCUUUGUCAUUAAACCGUUCCAGAAGGUCCAACUAAAGCAGAACGAUCUGUAACCAACGCAAAUUUUCCCAUAGACGAAAAUGACUAGGGUCUUUUGGUCCUCUGGCUUUCCCUGGUGGACAGAAGCAGCAUUGCAGCCAUUUUGUAUGUUUGCUCUCCUCCAAUGAGAUGGCUUUCUCAACCGAAAUGCAUUAUGAGAACACUUUAAAUUGGAUUUGUCAUACUGUAUAAAACUUGUAUUGCUACAUAUCAGUUUAAUGUUUGUAAGAUGAAACGGUGAGUCAGACUGGUAUAUUGACUAAUCACCUGCUGCAAUUUCCACGGGGUUCACAAGCUCCUGAGUUUAUUCGUCACUUACGGUACACAUUGACAUGCAGCAAUGUGAUGGUCCCCCAAGUUCUGAUAUUCCAGUACUCUCAGGUGGUUCUGAUGUGUGGGUGAGAGUGGCUACAAUCUGCUGUAGGUCCAUUCAGCAGCCUGCCACUGGAACAGCUGAUGGCUUGUGCCAACUGCUAGAGGGCAGACAGAGGGUUGGACUCUGUGUGCAAUGUGACUUGAGUGGGCAUGAGGCUGGGAUGGCAAAUAGAUAUCAAAGUCACUCCCUUUAUCAGUAUUACUGUUUGAAAUAUGGAGUCCAUAGCGCUGAUGGUAAAGAGUGCUACCUUUUGAGGACAACACCUUGGUGACACGCCACAGUUGCCUUUUGUGACUGUAGAUGGUGUCUGCUGGGUGCAGCUUUAAUGUUGCAAAUGAAUAAAUCCAGAUGGUGCCAAAGAGCUGUUAUUUAUACCCCCUGCAGUUUUGAGAGAAUGUGAGCCUGCUUAAACCACGCUGUCAUCUGCAAGGAAAUCACUGGCAGAUUUUUCACCCUCUAACAACUGCUCCACUCCCACACUAUAGCAGCUGUAGUUAUAUUCAGAUUGUGACUUCAGCCCCCGCGUUCUCCAAAUAUGUAUACCUACUUUUUUUUUACUGAUAACAUUUUAUAGCUCCUUUUGUCGACUGCAAUGUGCCCACCCCUCCAGUCAAAAGAACUUAGAGGAUGAAGACAAGCGUUACUGCAGGCUGUCUUGGGUUAGAUCGUUUUUUUUUUGGGACGCUUUUGUGUGGAGGAGGUGCAAUUAUACAUGCCUCUGUGGAAUGAUGGGAGGCUCUGUGAUCCACCCUGCGCGUCAGUCUGGUGCAGACAAGUGUGGACAUGAACUCCCCACAAAGGGACACUUGCAGGAGAAACAUGGGGGGGCCACAUGCAUGACUAAUGCUCUGGUUCAUAGAAAUAGAAGGAAGAGGUCUUUCCUUUUGUGUACAUUUGCAUGUGCUAAAAAGAGCUCCAUCUCAACAAGACUCACUGAAUCAGUGCAGGAUGUUUGUAUAUUAUCACUGAAUUGCGUUGUUGUACUGCAGAUAAUUCAGUGAAAUAAAUUCCACAAUGAUGCAAUGCUAUUCAAUCUGGACAAACCGCCUUUGACAUAUUGUGGUUGAGCCGACUGGCCUCCUUUGGAGCCGAUAAUAAAAAUCCUAUUUAAAAAAACAAAAACACAACUUGAUUUAUAACCAAAAAAAAUUUCAUAAUUUGGUUUUUAAGGCAAUUAUGUGUUUAGCAUGAUUUAUAGUAGUAUUGGCCUUUAGUUUUUCAUACAAACAUGUUCAAAAUACUUAGUGUAAAUGUGUGUGUGUGUGUAUAUACACAUACAUGCAAUACUGUAUAGACAGUAUGCACAUGUAUAUAUGUGUAUAUAAGUAAUCCCUCGUUUAUCGCUGUUAAUUGGUUCCACGACCGUGAUAAGUGAAUUUCAGCUAAGUGGAUUCCUUAUUUAUAAAUGGAAUAUUUUCAUUGUUAGAGCAGAGAAAACUUGUUUACGACCUUCUAAAUACAGUUUUUAACAUUAGAGCCUUUUGAUGUGAAAUAACAUACCUAUAAUCCCCUUUGCACUCUUAUAACCCAAUAUAGUAGACAUAAUCAAGACAUUUAGGAAAUAAAACACAUGCUCGUGUGUGUUGUUCCCCAGGGGAGCAGAGUGAGCGGUGGACAGGAAGUGAGUCCAGAGUUGAGUUUCAUCUUGCCGUGGGUUACGGCCGAAAGAGUAGUCCUC